AUGUACAGACGUUUGCUCGUUCUUAUCGGAGGAGGUACUGCCCUUGCUGCUGGUGUGAAUCGUUGGAGAAAUCCAAUUCCCGAUAAUGAACAAAAAUUCGUGAAUGAUUUACGUGAUUUCAAUACAGAAAAGGUUGAUGAACAUGCUUUGAAUCCAGAAGUGUUUCAAAGUUAUAAAUUAAAAGAGGUGAAACCAAUCAGUCAUGAUACUUCUAUUUUUACCUUUGCUUUGGAAGAGAAACAAGAUGAAUGGAUGGUUCAGAAAAAGUUAAAUCUACCUGUUGCGAGUUGUAUCUUGGCGAAGGGUAAUGUUGGAGAUGAAGUUGUUGUGAGACCUUACACUCCAAUCAAUCGAAAUGGAGAUGUGGGAUUUAUGAACUUGUUGGUUAAGACUUACCCAAAUGGUAAAUUAAGCAAAAAAAUUCAUGAAAUGAAAAUUGGAGAUUCUCUCGAAUUUAAAGGACCAUUAUUGAAAUAUGAUUAUAAACCCAACAUGAAAAAAGAAUUGAUAUUCUUGAGUGCUGGAACAGGAAUCACUCCAUCCUAUCAAUUAAUUCAAGAAAUUCUAUCCAAUUCCAAGAAUGAUUCCACUAAAAUUACUCUUCUCUAUGCAAACAAAACACCAGAAGAUAUUUUACUUAAAAAGGAAUUAGAUACUCUUGCUAAGCAACAUCCUAACCAAUUUAAAGUAUUCUAUACCAUUGAUUCUGAUCCAAAUCGUAGUGCUGAUACAACAAUUCAAGGAAGAGGUUUUGUAAAUCAAGCCAUGUUGGAACAAUUGGGAUUUCCAAAACCUUCCAGUGAUGUCUUAGUGAGUGUAUGUGGUCCUCCACCAUUCUAUGAUUUGUUGUGUGGUCAAAAGAAGAAUCCACGAGAACAAGGUGAAGUGACUGGUCUCUUGAAAGAGAAUGGAUACAACGAAACCAAUGUGUUUAAGUUUUAA